UGUCAGACUAUAGGGAUACUCAAGCUACCAACGGCAAGGAAGAGAAUGAAACUACUGAUUUGCAUAUAAUUAUAUCUGAAAUUAUUAUCGAAAUGCAUCUAAGUUCGUGUACUUAAUGCGGAGAACCUUGAAUAGAAUAGAAAACUAUUAUGGUUAGUUUUGUUUUUGUCGAAAUACAUGCGGUCGUUUCGUUUUGAUACCUAAGUACUCCGAAUCGUGACACCGACGGAUAAACUUAAGUGUUAAAUGUUUCGUUAGACAUAAUAAGAUGAAAAUGUUGAUGAAAGUGACGCAAAGUUCUUUGACAGUUGCUGUUACAAAAAGUGCUGUGCAAAGAAAGACUUGUUCCCUUUUCCAUAAAUGUAAUUUAGCCACUAAUAAUGCACCCACCAAGCUAACACGAAAUUCAAUCAUUACACCGUUUCCUCCGUUGACCAAACCUGUCCCUAAUUUGCCUAAAGCUGUCUAUGCUAGUGCUAAAGAAGAACAUCAGGUCACCAAAGUGACAGUUUUACCAAAUGGGUUGAAAGUCGCGUCUGAAAAUAGGUUUGGCCAAUUCUGUACGAUAGGUGUAUUGCUUGAUUCCGGCCCCCGAUAUGAGAUUGCAUAUCCCAGUGGUAUCUCACAUUUCUUAGAGAAAUUGGCAUUUGGAUCUACCAAAUCCUAUAAGAACAAAGAUCAAAUAAUGUUGGCUUUAGAGAAACAUGGAGGGAUAUGCGACUGUCAAGCAUCCAGAGACACAUUUGUUUAUGCAGCAUCUGCAGAACGUAAUGGAUUAAAUACUGUUGUACAGAUUUUAGCUGACAUUGUUUUAAGGCCUUUAAUUACGAACGACGAGGUAUGUGCUGCAAGACAAAUGAUUCAGUUUGAAUUGGAGUCUUUACUCACGAGGCCAGAACAGGAACCAAUACUAAUGGAUAUGAUUCAUGCAGCUGCAUAUAGAAAUAAUACUCUUGGACUCCCAAAGAUUUGUCCAAAGGACAAUAUCGAGCGUAUUGAUAGGAAAAUAUUGCUUGAAUACUUGAAACGUCAUUACACACCUCAAAGAAUGGUAGUGGCCGGAGUUGGUAUAAAGCAUGAAGAUCUCAUUUCCGCGGUUCAAAAAUACUUUGUCGAAGAAAAAUCUAUAUGGGAGGAGGAGGAACAGACGCAAGGAGGAAAUGAGAAAGAUUCGAUAAACAAACGUUUGAGCAUGGUCGACACGUCGAUUGCUCAAUACACAGGAGGUUACAUGCUUGAAGAUUGUAAUGUUCCUGUGUACGCAGGGCCGAGUGGUCUGCCAGAAUUAUCGCAUGCAGUGAUAGGUUUGGAGGGAUGUUCUCAUCAAGAUCCAGAUUUUGUAGCCAUGUGCGUUUUGAAUAUGAUGAUGGGUGGUGGCAAUAGUUUUAGUGCUGGAGGCCCAGGAAAGGGAAUGUACACUCGCUUAUACACGAAUGUACUUAACAGAUAUCACUGGUUGUAUAGUGCAACAGCGUAUAAUCAUGCAUACGCUGACACAGGACUUUUUUACAUUCAUGCAUCUUGUACGCCGUCCCACGUGAAGGAUAUGGUAGAAGUGAUCGUACAUGAGAUGGUCACUAUGGCGCACAAUAUUACGGACAACGAGCUAGCGAGAGCGAAGAAACAACUGCAGUCUAUGUUACUUAUGAAUUUGGAGCAAAGGCCCGUUGUAUUUGAAGAUAUUGGAAGGCAGGUUUUAGCCACUGGUUCCAGGAAACGACCAGAAUACUUUAUACAGGCAAUUGAUGCAAUAACAAAAGAUGAUAUAAGACGAGUGGCGUGUCGUUUACUCAAAUCGGCACCCAGUGUAGCAGCACGGGGAGAAGUAAGGGCUGUACCUUCCAUUGCAGACAUUCAAGCUGGAUUAGUCGACGAACAGGGUCGAUUGCCUGGCUCUCGAAGUAGAUUGUCGCUUUUUCGUUAAUAGAUAGAAAAUGUUAAUUUCGUGGAUCGCACGUUCGUUGGUAAAAAGUAUUUGCCAUACGUAAACUAUUCACCUUAAUCUCGAAUUAAAAUUUUAUACUUUAAAUUCCAUAUCAGAGAAAGAUCUUUAAUUUAUUUAUGAUCUGUAUUAAAUAUUUCAAAGCAGAAUUUGAAACCACUCUUGAACGUUAAAUUUGUUACGUAUGUGCGUAGGCACUUAUAUUUACGAAUGUAACGCGUAAGUACAAAUACGAACAAUGAACAUUGUGUUUAUUAUGCAUUAUAAAAGACAGUGAAAAAUAAUAUAAAAAAAUAUAUAUAAAUUCAAGAUUAUAUUUGUGACACAUGACAUAUAUUUAUGUUGAGAUAAUUAUUAUCGUGUGCUGUAUCUUUAAAUAAAUUACUUAGGAUCGACUUUGCAUUCGUGCAUAUAAAGAAA